GCAAAGGUGUUGAGGCCAAAGGACCGCUUCGGCCGAGGCCGGGCUCCUUUGAGCUUCGCAUCGGAGCGCAGGAUGCUUUCACAUGGCGACGAGAGCUUCUGAUCACUCUCUCUGCAUGCGCGGACUAUGGUGGCCUUGCUUCGGAGACAAGCUGUCCGCACUCUGCCACUUCCGGCCUCAUUCCGGUGAGGCAUGGGGACUCGGCUUUGGGGUAUGGGGCGCAGAAGGAGUCAGCAGUUUUCCCAAAGACCAUUGGAAGAGGGAUGGCGAUGGAGCCAGUGGCGCAGGAAGUCUUCAAGCAGAGGCUGUACGAGUUGGCGAAGGAAAACGAGGCAAAGCAGACCCAGGAUCCGCCGCCACGAGAAGCAGCAGUCACCAGCGGUGAUGAUGUGUUGGAGGGCAUGCUGAACGACCUGCUCGGAGCCUUGCGCCGCGAGGCUCCCAUGGAUCCCCUCUCGGAGGAGAAGGUGGCCGCCAUCGCGACAGCGGCGGCCAGGGCCACCGGCUCUGAGCCUGCAGAGUCCCAAGGAGGUUCCGAGCACCUCCGUACCAACAGGCGCGAGCUUCGCCCGUGCAGCCGCUGCUUGGGGAUGGUGUUCGGCUCGCCGUCCCUCAACAUUGUGGACCUGCCGAUACCUUGCUUGGCCUUGCGCAGCAACCUUGUUUCUAGCGUUCAGGAGCUUCUCUCCAAUGCUUUUUUUGUUGCGGAACUGCCUGCUGACACACAUCGUGCUACGUGUAGCGACUGGCGAUGUCAGCAAGGAGUUGGAGUGCAACACGGGCAAGACCUAUCUGACUUGUGUUUUAUGCUGCGAUUUCUAGCAACAUGUGCUCCUGUCAAUCGCAUUUGUAACUCGAUGCAUGGUGGCGAGUGA